CCGUGUUGAACUUCUUGCAUUUCAGAGGACGCAUUAGCGACAACUUCCAAGCGCUUUUUACACGAGGUGCUCCCACAAUCCCCGACUUGGCCGCCCUUCGCAGGCCUCGAAAACACUCACGAGAAAACCACCAUCCCUGCCGAAUCUCACCAUCCUGCCCUUCUUCGAAGCAGGCUGGCUGCGGGCACGAGUCCUUCGCCAUGCCGCAAUAUCAAGACGCAUCGUAGUCUCGAGCACUGCUCUGCGCAUAGCCGUACGGAGGCACCCGACCAGGCGAUCCGACGAUGCCAGCCUCCCUCUUCUGCCGGCAGUGCCUCGGCCGUCUUCCCCGCCAUCAUGGAUUUCGACCUGGCCCACAAGCCCAGUCCCAAGUGAGAGCACGCUUGCAUACACAAUUGGCGACAGCCGCACCCACGACGACCAAUAUCUUCUCCGAAGACCUCGAAUAUCCUCAGCCAGCAUCAUACAGCGGACGGACACAAAAUGGCUCAGGGACCACGGAUUCGGCUGAGAACCGGCGAGGCCAAGAGCCGGAUCUGGGGAGAACAGCGAGCCACUACGGAGAUCUCACAAAGCCGACCGCCUCAAACUCAUGGAAGGGCGAAUUGAAAAAGUUCGUACCUGCAGUUCGCGCUCACUCGGUGGGACUACAGGGUCCAGCACAGAACCUGCGGGACCUGAAAGCCAAGCUGUUCACUGCCAAUGGUCGCUUCGACAGAAUCAGCGACGACAUCCAGAGAUGGUACAAGCUAUCGGACGCCGAACUGCGCCAGACGCUAUCGCAGCUUGGCAGGCUGUUAUGGGGAGAAUCAACGGAAGGCGCGGCGGCCAAGAUCGACCAGUUCCACAUAUGGAAGUUGGACUUUGCACAUUACAUGUCGCAGAUUGGCGAUGCGAACCCGUCCGUUGACUUUCACGAUCCGAAUAUCAAGGAGAUGGUAGACUUGCUGGCAGAGAACUACACAUUAUUUGAAGCUUUCUGGCAUCGGCUCGACCAUACCAAGCGAAAACUGCUCUGGCCUCGAAUGGUUGGUUGUGCCAUGUCCAUGCGUCCUGCGCCUCUCUUGGCUCUCGUUCGCGCGACCUUCACCCCUGACUCCUGUCCGAACUAUAUUCUCGAAGAUAUUGUCCAUUUCCUAGACCAGUACAGCAGAGUAUGGGACACGCCAGCCAUGGCCGAUUCCAGAAACGACGCCACCAAAGCCGCCGAGUUUCUGCUCCGCCACGCGCCUUACCGAUACAUACAGUUGAGCCAGAAUUCGCUGCUCCAGGUCAUGCAGCGCCAGUCCCACGAAAGAAACCCAAAUCGGGUAUGGGAGUAUUAUGAGAAGUCGAAGGAGCUCGGCCAGCACUACACGCAGCAUACGCUGCUGCACGUGGCAAGUCGACUCGCAAAAUCGCCCACACAGAAAGCGCGCGUUCUUGAGGUAUUUCGACAUCUCAAGACUCUGCCAGGUUUCGAUAUCAACGCGCCAGAGCCAGCAAGCGUAUGCACGACAUUGCUCACCAUACAGAAGGACGGCCCGCUUCCAGAGGGCCAGGCUGAGCCAGAUCACCUCUUCAAAUCUCUGCUAGACAUGGGGCUCAACCCGAACCUCAUCGGCUGGUCGGCCCUUAUGCAUAAUUUCUGUGCGCGGGGACAUCUCGACACAGGCUGGAAGGUGUUUGACAUGAUGUGCCAGCGAGGCGUGCAGCCUGACGCAACAGCGCUGGCGAUAUUGAUGCACAGGUCCAAGCUUGAUCGCAACAUCCCGUCGGCGCGCAACGUCUUGCGCGUGGCCAUGGCCAGCAAUACCUGGUCGCCGGGACUUAUAAACAACUUCUUAGGCACUCUUUUUUACGCCAACGAAGACCAGAUUCUAGGGGGCCGGCAGCGAAAGUCCAACAGUGCGUGGCGCCCCAUGGUUCAGCUCUACUCGAAAUUCUUCGACCUGGCGCCAUUGCAGCAACUCACCAUGUUUCCGCUCGAAAACAUCGUGGUCUCGCGCGGAGCGCUACGGGGCCACGACACCGAGCUCACAGACAUGGCGGCGUCGAUCAAGCCCCUGCGAGAUUCUGAGCUUAUGCAGCCCGACACCAACACUCUGAUGCUCAUGUUUACUGCCCACAUGCGCUCGAUCCGCAAUCCGAUUGCGCUGCGGCGCUACUACCGACUGUUCCAGCGGCUGCAGGAACAGGAGCACCCCCCGUCACUCUUUGUGCGUCUGCUCCAAGACCACGGCACUCGCGUACACGACGUGUUUGUGCAGGCAUUGAUGCAAUUCCGCGCGAGCAUACCCUACGCUCUCGACAUCGUCUUGAAGAUGGUUCGGCGUGGUAGCUUUGCACUGAAAGAUGAGAAGCGCAGGUGGAAAUACCAGCCACCCUCUGUCCACACCUGGACCAUUCUCAUGAACGGCUUCAAGAACCAUCGGGAAGCCACAGACGCCAUGAGGAUCCUCGACCUGAUGACCCGCAUUGGCGGCGUCCAGCCGAGCUCCGCCACGUGGAACAUCUUGCUCGCCGCCUAUGCAAAGCAGGGCAGUCUCGCGACUAUCGUCGACAUUGUAAGCUGCCUCGAGGCAGCUGGACACGACGGAUCUAGCGAGAGAACAUUCGAGUCGUUCCGGUUCCUGAGACCGCAGGACCGAGGCCGCAUCGUCGAGCUGCUGGACGCGCGGAGGACGGAGCUUGCGGCCACUGCGGCAGUGCAGAGCUUUGACAGGAAAGAGCCGUCCGACGGGCGGCUCUCGGAGCCCGAGCGGAAACGGCGCAUCCAGAACCUCAUUGCGCGCGUCCUCGGGCGGUACGAGCUGGCCGAGAGCACCGGUCGUGCUUCGCAUACUCGGGGAAGCACCGACCUAGAACUCGCCACAAUGACUUUUGAGCGGAUGAAGAAGCGGUGGAAGGCGCUCGGGGCGGCGCGCCGGCCGAGCGGGAAGAUGGACUACAAGCAUGCCAAUGCCUUGUGGCGUCAGCGGCAAGCAGCAAAGCGUACGGAACGCUUCUGACGAGCUUUGUGCGUGUGGCAAAGUCGGCAAAGGGGGUUUUUUAGAAAAAGCUUGGCCUGUAACGAUAUUGUAACGAGUAAGGGAAGAGGAUGAGAGGUCUUGCUUGAGAGCAGGCAGAGACUAUGUAUUUAGCAUGCAUGCAUGCAUGCCCUUGGGCCGGGCGGUAUUUACAUACAUGUGGCGUCCAGCGAGCGGGCUGUACAUAUAUACAUACAUACUUAGUUACGAGAUACGAAAAGCAAAGACAUGCGGAUACCCAAG